CUGUCAGUGUUAACGCGUCUUCUCUGUACUGGUUAACCUGUGCUGUGUGAAGCUGCAAGAAGAAUGGCUGACAGUAGAGAAAAAGCUGUGGAUCAGAUGAAAUUAUGGAAGGAAGGCAGAGGAGCUCAGCGACCUGAUGCUUUGACUACGGGAGCUGGCGUUCCAGUAGGUGACAAACUAAACGUUGAGACGGCGGGGCCACGAGGGCCUCUGCUGGUGCAGGAUGUCGUCUUCACUGAUGAGAUGGCUCAUUUCGACCGUGAGCGCAUUCCUGAGAGGGUGGUGCAUGCCAAAGGAGCAGGUGCAUUUGGCUAUUUUGAGGUGACCCAUGAUAUCAGGCAGUUCUGUAAGGCCAAGGUGUUUGAGCAUGUUGGCAAGACAACACCCAUUGCUGUGCGGUUUUCUACUGUGGCUGGCGAGUCAGGUUCCGCUGAUACAGUGCGGGAUCCCAGAGGUUUUGCAGUGAAGUUCUACACUGAAGAGGGCAACUGGGACCUGACGGGCAAUAACACGCCCAUCUUCUUUAUCAGGGAUGCAAUGCUGUUUCCAUCAUUCAUCCACUCUCAGAAGAGAAAUCCUCAGACUCACCUGAAGGAUCCUGACAUGGUGUGGGACUUCUGGAGCCUGCGACCAGAGUCUCUGCAUCAGGUAUCUUUCCUCUUCAGUGAUCGUGGAACACCCGAUGGAUAUCGCCAUAUGAAUGGCUACGGAUCCCACACCUUCAAACUAAUCAACUCUGAGGGCAACCCUGUCUACUGCAAGUUCCACUACAAGACUGAUCAGGGUAUUAAGAAUCUGACUGUGGAUGUAGCCGAUCGUUUGGCAUCCACUGACCCUGACUAUGCCAUCAGUGACCUGUACAAUUCCAUUGCCAAUGGAAACUUCCCUUCCUGGACGUUCUACAUCCAAGUCAUGACGUUUGAGCAGGCAGAGAAGUACCCAUGGAAUCCAUUCGACCUGACCAAGGUGUGGUCUCAUAAGGACUACCCCCUGAUCCCAGUGGGUCGCAUGGUGUUGAACCGAAACCCUGUCAACUAUUUUGCUGAAGUGGAGCAACUGGCUUUUGACCCCAGCAACAUGCCACCAGGCGUUGAGCCAAGCCCUGACAAGAUGCUGCAGGGUCGUCUCUUUUCUUACCCUGACACCCACCGUCAUCGACUUGGAGCCAAUUACCUCCAGCUGCCUGUUAAUUGCCCUUACCGUGCCCGUGUGGCCAACUAUCAAAGAGAUGGGCCCAUGUGUGUGUCUGACAAUCAAGGAGGAGCUCCCAACUACUUCCCUAACAGCUUCAGUGCCCCAGAAACUCUGCCACGUUUUAUGGAGUCCAAGUUUAAAGUGUCUUCUGAUGUUGGGCGCUACAACAGCUCAGACGAUGAUAAUGUGACUCAGGUUCGCACUUUCUUCACUGAAGUGUUGAACGAGGCUGAACGUGAGCGCCUGUGCCAGAAUAUGGCCGGCCAUCUGAAGGGAGCACAGCUCUUCAUUCAAAAACGCAUGGUGCAGCGUCUUAUGGAGGUGCAUCAGGAUUAUGGCUCCCGCGUUCAAGCACUGCUUGACAGGUACAAUGCAGAGGGCAAAAAGAACUCUGUGCAUGUGUAUACACAAGGUGGUGCAUCUGCCCUGGCUGCCUCUAAGAUGUAAUGAACAAGGGCGUGUUGAUUCUCUUUCACUGAAUUUAACACUCAUGCUGUUGGAGGACUGCUUUGCUCAUGAAUGCUUUAUAGUUUCAAUCCAUCUAGGAAAAGCUAUUAAUUGAACAUGAUCUGAAGUUAGUAGUCCUGUUCUGUUAAUUGUUUUGAAGAAAUGCUAACAAAAUUCUUAGACAAUUAAAUAAUCUGUGAAACAUAAAACUUAAACCUUCUAUUUUUUUGCAUACAGUAAUUUACACAGCACUUUUAAUAGUUUUACCUUAAUGACUGGGUGCUAAACACUCAGCCCAGUAUUUUGCAGGUUUGGAACACCAAACACUAAUACAGCUUAUAUCUGCAUAAUCACCCUUAAACUUAAACAAUUUGGUAAAUUCCUCUUAAGUAAACAGACUUUCUGAGGUUUUGUAAUUGUAGUUGUAAAAGCUUUUUGCUAUAAUUAAAAUUUCAUAAUUGCGGCCACUCAGGUGGCGCAGUGGUAAAAACACACACUGGAACCAGAGCUGGGAUCUCGAAUACAUCUCAGCUCUGCCUGCCGGCUAAGGCCGAGCGGCCACAUGAACAACGAUUGGCCUGUUGUUCAGAUAUGGGCGGGACUAAGCCGGAUGGGGUCUCUCUCUCAUGACUGGUGCGAUUGCGACCUCACUUGUCAUGCUAAAUGGCUUCAAGUCUUUAUACAAAAUGUAAUACAGAACAAAAAGAUCAUUACAAACACAAACUGCAGUAUUUAAGUCAUUAGAACAGUGAAUAUAAAAAAGUCUACACACCCUUGUAAAAAUGCCAGGUUUUUUUCAUGUGAAAAAUCAGUAACCUCAGGUUUAUUUCCCACUUUAAUGUGACCUAUAUUAUGUACAAUUUAAUUAAAAAGCAAACUGAAAUUAUAAACGGGGAUGUGGCUGUGUUCAGAAUGAACAUUUAAACUCAAGUUUCAAUUAAACUAACUUUGAUGAACCCCAUAUAAAGUUCAGCUGUUUAAAUUAAGGAUUUUCCCAUUUAAUUAACAACAGAAGCAAAAGCCAUGGUCUACAAAGAGCUUACAAGGAAUCUCACAGAACACUGUGGUCAUCAACAAGUAGAUAAAAUAAAGCACAACUAUGACAUUACCAAGAACCAUCUGUGCAAUAGCAGAUGUUAAAACGUUUGAAUAAGCUUCGCAUAAUUAUGGUUUAGAGACCAUGUAAGUUUGGCUUUAGCUGGACAUUCCCUAAAUGCAUGCAUGUAGUUACAUCAAGCUGUAGUACUCAACAAUAACCAAAUUAUCCAUUAAUUAUUGAUUUUUUUUUUGUUUUUAUUUUGAAUAAUCAGAAGAAAAUGAGACGUACAUAUUGUUGGUGUGUAUUGUUUAAGAAUUAAUAACAGCUGGCAGUGUGAUUGUGCCUUAGCAAAGUUGAAUGUUUUAUGGAUUAACAUGCUGUAUUUACUUUAAUUCUUGAGUUAUAUGCUUUUAAUAAACACCAAAUUGUUUAAUUUGUCCAGUUUAUUACUGCAUAUAAGUGACUAAAAAUAAAUGUUUGUUUUGCUGACAGAACUCUGUUCUUUAACUCUAUUAAAUAAAUCAUAAUGAUUUAA